UCUCUCGUAACGUCAUCGGUCCAAUGAAGCUGGAUAGGUUGGGGCGUGCCUUCAAGACCAAGUUCGUCCAUCAACCCAUGGUCCAUAAACGUUGACGUUGAGCCAUCGUCGAUGAAAGCGAAUGUUUCCACCUUUCCUCGUGGCCCGUACAGCGUCACUGACAUACCGGAGCUACCAUGGGUGCCUUCCUGGUGCAGCAGUGAAUUAUGCAAGAUACUGCACCCAUCUACGCCACAAGGAGUUGUGAUGUUGCAUCUUCCGUUGUGGUAUUCGAGACAUCUGCGACACAGUUUGCGUUCGUUGAUGAACGCCCUCCUGGCAGCUACCGUAGUCCUGAGAAACUUCUCACAGGCGCGCAACGACACGCACGUCCCCCCACAGAGGAUACACGACGAUGACUCCGGGUGGCUACUCGAUGAAGGUACACCGCUGCUGGACUCAUCCUGGAGUACCACGGCGUUGCAGUAAGCUGGAG